AGCCCCUUCACCUUGUGUUUGCCAAUAGUACUCACCAUGCUUCAUAAGCUUCUGCUUCUCUUGUUCACUUCAUGGCUGAUACAACUCACUCCAGUAACCUUUUCUGAGUUAACAGAUUCAACUCCAAUGGAGCAAAUCGUGUACAUGGAGAGAACACCUGGUUCACAGCAGAUGAUUGAACUGGAGCACAUUCAUACUCUGGCUUCAGUGCUUGGGAGUGAAGAGAAAGCAAAGAAAGCUAUCAUUUAUUGUUACAAGAAUACCAUCACUGGAUUCUCUGCCAUUCUAACCAAAGCUCAAGUGGAGGAACUCUCAAAGCAACCUGGAGUGCUCAGAAUCCUUCCUGCUCCCAUGUAUCCUCUCCCAAAAGAAGUGAACAAUUCAACUCCAUGAAUCUGUAUAACUCUAUUUUGUAAUCACUCAAAUGAAAAGUACUAUUUCUUAAUGUUACUUUCGUUGUUCAGCUUCAGCUGA